GGGCUCUAUAUAGGGCGCGCGCUCGCGGGCCGCGGAGUUCCAGCAGUCCGCGAGCUGUCGUCGGCUCCGCGCGGGGGGGGGGCGGGCCGGGCACCCCGGGGCGCGGAGGAGCGCUCCCUGCUUCCCUCUCCUUUCCCCCCACUCCGCACUCCCGGGCAGCCCCGAGAACGGUCCGCGCCGCUCCCCCGUCCCUGCCGUCGCGUCCCCCGGCAAACUUUCGGUCCCUCCCCCGCCCCUCACCCGUUAUUCGUCGUGGCUCGAGCCCGGCCGCGCCGCCCCGAGGGCUCCUCCGGACCUCCCCGCCUGCAGCUCCGACCAUUACGGGAUCCAGGAACAUGUCGACCACACUUCUGUCCGCCUUCUACGACAUCGACUUCUUGUGCAAGACGGAGAAAUCCCUGGCCAACCUCAAUCUGAACAUGCUGGACAAGAAGGCGGUGGGGACGCCCGUGGCCGCCGCCCCGAGCUCGGCCUUCACGCCGGGCUUUCUCCGACGGCACUCGGCCAGCAACCUGCACGCGCUCGCCCACCCCGCGCCCAGCGCCGGCAGCUGCUCGCCCAAGUUCCCGGGCGCGGCUAACGGCGGCAGCUGCGGCAGCGGGGCGGCGGGCGGCCCGGCCUCCUACGGCACCCUCAAGGAGCCGUCGGGGGGCGGCGGCACCGCCCUGCUCAACAAGGAGAACAAGUUUCGGGACCGCUCGUUCAGCGAGAACGGCGAGCGCAGCCAGCACCUCUUGCACCUGCAGCAGCAGCAGCAGCAGCAGCAGCAAAAGGGGGGCGGCGGCGGCGGCGGCUCCCAGAUCAACUCGACCCGCUACAAGACUGAGCUGUGCCGGCCCUUCGAGGAGAGCGGCACGUGCAAGUACGGCGAGAAGUGCCAGUUCGCGCACGGCUUCCACGAGCUGCGCAGCCUCACCCGGCACCCCAAGUACAAGACGGAGCUGUGCCGCACCUUCCACACCAUCGGCUUCUGCCCCUACGGGCCGCGCUGCCACUUCAUCCACAACGCGGACGAGCGGCGGCCCGCGCCGUCGGGGGGCGCCUCCGGGGACCUGCGCGCCUUCAGCGCGCGGGACGCGCUGCACCUGGGCUUCCCCCGCGAGCCGCGGCCCAAGCUCCAUCACAGCCUCAGCUUCUCGGGCUUCCCGUCGGGCCACCACCAGCCCCCGGGCGGCCUCGAGUCGCCGCUGCUGCUCGACAGCCCCACGUCGCGCACGCCGCCGCCGCCGCCCUCCUGCUCCUCGGCCUCGUCCUGCUCCUCGUCCGCUUCGUCCUGCUCGUCGGCCUCCACGCCCUCGGGCGCCCCGACGUGCUGCCCCUCGGCCUCGGCCGCGGCCGCGGCGGCGCUGCUGUACGGCAGCGGGGGCGCCGAGGACCUGCUGGCGCCGGGCGCCCCGUGCGCGGCCUGCGCGUCCGCCUCGUGCGCCAACAACGCCUUCGCCUUCGGCCCGGAGCUGAGCAGCCUCAUCACGCCGCUCGCCAUCCAGACGCACAGCUUCGCCACGGUGGCGGCCGCGUACUACCGCAGCCAGCAGCAGCAGCAGCAGCAGGGCCUGGGGCCGCCCGCGCCGCCCCCCGCGCCGCCCGGCGCGCCCCUCCCCGCCAGCGCCGCCGCGCCGCCCUCGCCGCCCUUCAGCUUCCAGCUGCCGCGCCGCCUGUCCGAGUCGCCCGUGUUCGACGCGCCCCCGAGCCCCCCGGACUCGCUGUCGGACCGCGACAGCUACCUGAGCGGCUCCCUGAGCUCGGGCAGCCUCAGCGGCUCCGAGUCCCCCAGCCUCGACCCCGGCCGCCGCCUGCCCAUCUUCAGCCGCCUGUCCAUCUCCGACGACUGAGGCAAGAGGGCGCCAGCGAGGAGGAGGAGGAGGAGGAGGAGGAGGAAGGGAAGGCCGGGCCGGGCCGCCCCGGGGGUGUUGGAGGGCGCCCCUGCCGCCCGCAGCCCCCCCCCCCCGCCCCCGGGAGCGGGGGGUGACCGGCCGCCAGCAGACUGCGGGGCCGCACCGAGCACUUGGACUCGAACUUGUGUGCCGGGAGGGGCCCCCACCCCUCCCCCUUUCGGUUUCCUCUCUUUUUUUUUUUUUUUAAUUAUUAUUUUUAUUAUUAUUACGAAGUUUUCAUUCUUGUUGAGCAAAACAAAGCCAACGAACUUUUGUAUUGAUGAACAAAAAUAUUCACAACAGGGCAGUUGUGAUGCGAACAGAACAAAAAAAGAAAAAAGAAAAACCAAACACUUAAACUUUUUUAGGUCUCCUAGGAGUUUGGGACUUUAGGAAAAAAAAUAAAAUCAACCCAGCACCAGCAGCUACCAACCACCAUUCCAUAUCUUCACUUGAAAAGCAUUAGUUACAGUCCAGAUGUGGGAACUCUUAUCUUGAAGUUCCUAAUUGUCGUUUGUCUCAGACCAGUGUAAACAAACCAGCCAGCCACCACCUUGCUUAAACCUCUAAGCUUCUGGAAUCCAACAUUCUACCAGGAAUAUGCCUUGAUUGUAGUCCUCAGCUCCCUAGGUUUUAGUUUGUUUGACACCAAGUUUUUUUUGUCUGGAAAAAAAAAAAAAAACACCUGCAUUCCAAAGUUUCCUACUGGUUACUGGUUUCAUUGCCACCACUUAGUGGAUGUUUAAUUUUAGAACCAUUUUGUCUGCUCUUUCUGGAAGCCUUGGGCAGAGCUUAGUUUGUAAUCGUUGGGGGAAUAACUGCUGAAUUUUUAGCUGUUUUGAGUUGAUUCGCACCACUGCACCACAACUCAAUAUGAAAAAACUAUUUAACUUAUUUAUUAUCUUGUGAAAAGUAUACAUUGAAAAUUUUGUUCAUACUGUAUUUAUCAAGUAUGAUGAAAAGCAAUAGAUAUAUAUUCUUUUAUUAUGUUAAAUUAUGAUUGCCAUUAUUAAUCGGCAAAAUGUGGAGUGUAUGUUCUUUUCACAGUAAUAUAUGCCUUUUGUAACUUCACUUGGUUAUUUUAUUGUAAAUGAGUAAAAAAAAUCUUAAUUUAAGAGAUUGUAUGUAAUAUUUAUUUCAUUAAUUUCUUUCCUUGUUUACGUAAAUUUUGAAAGAUUGCAUGAUUUCUUUACAGAAAUCUAUCCUGAUGCUGUGGAAGUAGUUUGAGGAAUAUCUUAUAUGAGUUUUCUUAGAAUGUAUAAUGGUUGUAGCCCAUCCAACUUUAUAAAGAAGUGACCACAUACUUUGCAAAUCAGGCUUCAAUGUGGCAUGCUUUUCUCAUUCCAACUUUUUAAAUUAGCAAAAAAAAGUCUUUUGUUUAUUCUACCAAUUCUACUGUGACAUAACUCUGCGUAUAAAGACAUGUAGCAAUAAUGGGGUGGGGGGUUAGUCUCACAGUGCCUUUGGAAGGGCCAGAACUUGCCUUAAAUCUUCCUCAACCAAAUAAGUAUUUUUCUAUUAGUGCUUGAGAGAAUUUGAAUGUAGGAUGGGUUCAACUGCACAAAAGGAAAAGAUAUUUACCACUUUUUUUUAUAUAGAUCUAAAGUGAAGAGGCCACCUCUUAGUGCUAAAAAAUGGUAUGUAGUACAUGAAUAUGCCUUGUUUCAUUACAGAAAAUUCCAAAACUUGUACUUUUUUUUUUUUUUUUUUUUUUUUUUUUUGCGUGUGUAGAAAGGCAGGAAUGCUUUCCUGGACAGCGGAUGAAUGAGCAGUAGCUUUAGUUUGUUUGUACGUAGGUACAGUUGGAGCACUCUGUAUGUAUGUACUCUGGACUACUUUGACAGAAGUAGGUUUUUGAAUGUAACAAGAUAAGUCAACUUGAGUUGUAAUAUAUUUUGGGGAAUCAGUUCACUACAAAUUGUGACUGUAAACAUUGUACUGUAAAUGUUUUGUAGUUUCCCCCAAUAAAAUUUUUGGGAAAAAAGGUA